AUGCUGCUGUCUGCUGCUGGAGGAUUUGCAGCAGCAGCAGCAGCGCUGCAGCACCAGCAGCAGCGCUGCAGCACUAGCAGCACCAGGGCAGCUGCAGCAGCAGCAGUGCAGCUGCAGCUGCAGCAGCAGCAGCAGCAGCAGUGCAGCUGCAACUGCAGGAGCAGCAGCACCAGCAGCAGUGCAGCUGCAGCAGCAGCUGCAGCAGCAGCUGCAGCAGCAGCAGCAGCAGUGCAGCUGCAGCAGCAUUGA